AGAUUGAGAGGUUUCUUAUUCCAAUCGAAUAUCUUCAGUUCAUAACCAUCAACACAAUGGCGGAGAACAUGCAAAACCUAGACCACAUUCUCCAUGUGUAUUUCACUCGAUAUUCCAGCUGGGGAGUCCGAGUUGCACUCAUUCUUGAUUACUUUCAGAUUCCCCAUACGACGAAGGGCUACGGCUGGAACCCGGCAGUUGCUCCACCAGCCCACCUAUCAGGGGGUCUACUUCCCGUUCUACAGCCAGACCCCAGUGAUGAGGGCUUCUUGAUCGGCGACUCUCUGGCCAUAAGCGAGUUCCUUGCGGAGCAGCACCCGCGGCUUCACCUGUGGCCCAGAGAUCUGAAGUUGAGAGCAUUGGCACGAACGGCAGCGGCUCAGAUGCAUUCUGGCUUCAACGUUAUGCGGAACACAUACCACACCAACUUUCUCGGUAAGUAUACUGGGAAAAUUCCCAUCAGCGAAGCUGCAGCCAAGGAAAUCCGGGACAUGGUUGAGCUUUGGAGCAAAGCUCGAGCAGAUACGAAAAAGAGAUUGCAGGAACUUAGUCAGGAAGACGAAGGGUUCUUGUUUGGGACGUUUAGUAUCGCCGAUGCUUUCUUCUGGCCCGUCUUGUGGCGCUUCCGAAGCUACCAGCUUCCCCUAACCGGGAUAAGCGAGGACGGUCUGAAGUGGGUGACGAAGAUGUGGAACGACCCGGUCAUAAAGAAGCAUUCACAUGAGUUUUUCAGGCAGGCACAAGACCCUUUGACUGUCGUUGAGAAAUAUGAGAAUAUAUUUCGGGGGAACCCCAACGUUGAGUAUAGCCAGUUCUCCGAGGACUGGACCUUCAAUCCAACGGAGGCCUAAAGCUUUUACUGGUUUGUUCUUAGAACCAUAGCGUAUUAGUCCCAGUGUUUAAUCAAGACAUACAUACGAUUUCGUCAAUCGUGAAGAGGGCCUAACUUCCUGAAUGACCAAUUACGUGACGGUUGAUGGGAAGAGUUCUUAUGCUGGUCGAGAUGUAACUAGGUAUCUGAGUCUGUGGAUAGUAUGCUUAAUCAUUGCCCUGCACGAAAUUUACAUUAGAAUGUCGGGCUGACCGCCAAGGCUCGCCUUUCCC